AUGUCCCACCAUGCAGAUUAUUCCAAUUUUGAUAAGUCACUCUCGCAAAAGGAUGCUUUGGAGACACUCAUUCUUUCAUAUGAGGCGCUAGCUCUCUCACAGAGCAAUUGGGUUGCCAAUUUGGCGAAUUGUAGUUCUCUUUUGUACCACUAUUACCAAGAUCGUGGAGUCAACUGGGCUGGGUUUUAUGUUCUGGAUCCGGAGAAUACAGAACAACUUAUACUAGGACCAUUUAUGGGGAAAGUUGCUUGUCAAUCCAUCAAAAUAGGUACGGGGGUAUGUGGGACAGCUGCUAGCGAGUUAAGGACACAAUUAGUUGCAGAUGUGGAGAAAUUUCCUGGUCAUAUUGCAUGUGAUGGCAUGACAAAGAGCGAGAUUGUUGUUCCAAUUAUUCAAAGAGGAAAACUUGUAGGUGUCAUGGAUUUAGAUUGUUUGAAUUUAAAUGGGUUCGAUGAAGUUGAUCAGCAGUAUCUUGAGAACUUGGCAGCAAAAAUCGCCGAGACUUGUAAUUUCUAA